AUGGAUAUGAUUACGAAUUUCUACCGACGGGCCUGCGACGAGUCCGAUCCCAAUUCUCCCGCAUGCGAUAAGCCCACCAGCAAGGUCCUUCUCAAUGCCGUGCCAGCGGCAAUUGUUGGAGUUAUGCUCCUCGUCGCCGGUAUCGUCUUUUUCAUCAUCGCCCGAAAGCGACGCCAACAAUUCAUCGCCGAAGAAGCCAAAGAACGCGAAUCCUUUGAAAUCGAAAUUUAUGAACCGACCGCUAAUAAUCGUAACCGCAAUCCCACCUAUGCAGAUCCCUUCAAUGAUCCGCACGGCUUGAGUCGUGAUCCGGAUUAUAACGAGUUCUCUUUGGCAGCGCCCCAAUCACGACGAGAUCACUCUCCUUCCAAAUCGUCUAUCGCUACGGAAUCAACUUACAUACCGCACUCGGAGAUGUCGGCACCGCCGCCAGCAUAUCAAGAAGGAAGUGUUGGUGCUUCAUUAGGCGCUGGCAAUCAGGUGGAACGGUGGGGUAUCACGACUGUUCUGAUUGGCCAAUCUGCCGUUGACGCUCGGGUCGACGACGACGUCAAAGAAUCUCAGCAUAAUAACUACUCCAUGGGAACGAAAUCACCCAACUACUUCCUCCCACUAGUCAGUUCUGCAAACGCUUUAUCUGCAGGCACUGUUUUCAGUCUUAUUCCUUUAUCUCACAUCAAUCUCCCAUUACUACUAGGGCUUCGUUACCACACCACCAACAUGGCUGCUUAG